AAAUGUCGGCAUUUUGCAACUCUGUCAAGCUCAAGCACAUAUCGUGAAAAUGUGUUGGUUAACUUGUUUAUACUAAAAAUUAAUGAUUUUUAGGAUUUUCUUAUAAGUUUGAGAUUUUUUUGAUAAAGUGGUUCAUUUAAUGUAUAGCAACGGUCAAAUAUGUAACAUCAAAACGUUCCUGGCUAUAUAGUUUUUGUAGUUUAGCCACAAGUUUUGGGAGUAAUCUGUUUGCAGAAAAGGCUUCAUUAGGAGGCUUUUUUAAUUUUUUAUUAUAGCAUUAGUUCAAUAGACACCAAUAAGAUGAUGUACACGGGGACUACCUUUGAACAGGAUAACCGGUUCAGUGACAAGGAAAAGAAACUUCUCAAGCAGAUGAAGUUUAAUGAUUGUCUUAGUCAACGGGUGGACAUGUCCAAAAUCAAACUGGAUGUAAUCAAGCCCUGGAUCCAAGACAAACUGACAGAAAUUUUAAAGAUUGAUGAUGAUGUUGUAGUGGAUUUUGUGUAUAACCAACUUGAUGAGAGAUUUCCAGACCCAAAAAAGAUCCAGAUCAACCUCACAGGGUUCUUGCAGGGUAAAAAUGCCAGAGAGUUCAUGGCAGAGUUGUGGGCUUUAUUGAUAUCUGCCCAGGAGAACCCUUCUGGGAUACCUGACAGUCUAAUAGAGCUGAAAAGGGAAGAAAUGGCUAAGAAGAAGGAAAAAGAAGAUCGUGAUAGGGAAAUCCGUGAGCGUGAAAAAUCGAAAGAACGCAAAUACCGCUCCCGAUCACGUUCAAGACGAUCAAGAACCCGUUCGCGAACGCGCUCGCGAUCUCGCUCGCGUGACCGUAAACGCUCCUCAAGUCGCAACGGUACCGAUCGUCGCAGAUCACGCUCGGCCCGCGAUCGUAAAUCGCGCAGCAAGGACAGACGCGCCUCAGUUAUCAACGACAAACGGGCGGCCAGUAAGGAGCGCAAAUCGCGCAGCAAAGACCGUCGUCUGCGUAGCAAAGACCGGAAGUCAAAAAGCAGAGACCGAAAAUCGAGAAGUCCGCAUCGGAAAUCGCGCAGCAGAGAGCGUAAAACCGCGCGUAAAUCAAGCCGAUCGUUUAGUAGGGACCGUCGGUCGAGAAGCCGAGGUCGUCCGAAGAAGAAUGCCGCAAGGUCGAGAAGUAGGGAUCGGGGCUCUCGGAGUAGGAAACGGAGCGCUGGAAGUAGAAGUAAGAGUCGAGGAGUUGAACGUGUCGCAAAGGAACCGGUGGUCAGGAAAUCGGUGUCCAGGAGUCGGUCUAAGUCUGGCUCUCCAAAACGACGGGAACCUACUUCGCCCAACAUAGAAAAUGGCAAGGCGGAGUCUGUAGAGCCUGGAAAGACGGAAGAUAACGGCGGCCAACCGAUAUCCAAACUACAAGCCAAACUUAUGUCAUUGGCCGAAAAUGCGCGUCCAACAUCGAGGUCACGCUCCAGGUCAAAAUCGGCAAAGCCUGCAAGACGUCGUACCCGGUCCAGAUCUAGAUCGAGCGCCUCAUCUACCGGGAAACGUUCCAGAACUCGAUCGAAAUCACGAGAUGUCGCGGCACCUGCUAAAGAAAAGGUCAGGCGUUCGAGAUCGAGUUCGGCCGGAUCGCGGGCUGGCUUUGAGAUUCGGAAGAACGAGAAUAGCGUCCAAAAGAAGCGCCAAUAUCGCUCCAAUAAGGACAGUUCGGAUAGCGAGGGUGAGAAGAAAACGAGAAAAAUAAGGCGAUCGUCGAGGUCCAGGUCGAGAUCGAGGAAACGAAGCCGGAGCCGUAGGAGGAGUCCGACACCGGCUCCCGUCACGAAGAGAUCGCUUAGUAGAAGACGCAGCUUGUCUAGAAGGCGUAGUGUAUCAAAAAGACGCAGCCUGAGCAGACGUCGUCGUAGUCCAUCGAGGGGCCGUAGAAGUCCGUCGAGGGGACGCAGAAGUCGUUCUAGACAGCGCAGAAGCGUCUCCAGGCGUAGAGCUUCGAGACCUAAACGCAGUCACAGUAGAGCCAGAAGUCCCCCAAGAGGACCCCCGAGGGGAGCAAGAAGAAGUCGAAGCAGAAGAAGGUCAAUUAGGCGAAAAAGUAGGAGCCUAAGUCGCAGGAGGAGUCCGGAUAGACGCAUCUCACGUCGCAGCCGUAGCAGAGGAGGAAGCCGUAGCAGGAACCGGGGAGGCGGUUACAGAAGAUCUCCGCCCCGGCCGGAACGCAGAAGAACCCGGUCCAGAGACAGAAGGUCACGCUCAAGAAGACGAUCGGCUGAUAGAAGCAACACUAGAAGAAAGUCGCCUCCGAGAGAUGCUUCCAGGGAUAAAUACCGGAAACCCAGUACUAGUCCCCAAAAACCGGAUAGACGGGAGGAAAAGCAUAGAGACGACGAAUCAAAAGGCAGAAAGGUGGUCGUCGAGGAACGCAAAUCGGCCGCUGCUCUUCCAACGAAAAAAUCUGACGAAGUGAGAGACCGAAAGAAGUCGGAACGGGAGGAAACAAGAAAAAUCAGUUAUUCAGAAAACACUCAUUCGGAUGCUAAGGAGAAGUCGAGGAAGAAGUCACGCAGCAGUAGCCCAAAGAAGAGCUACCCAAUACCGCCUCUGGGUCCUCCGAGAUAUUCGAGAAGCUUAUCGAGAACUCCUUCGCCGUUUAUUAAGGCGAACGAGUUCCCACCGAAGGUGGACAACGCAGAAGAGAAAAAGAAGAAACCGAAGGAGAAAGUGGUGGCCAAAUCAAAGACCAAGGUGAGCAAAAAGAAGUCCUCCCAGUCCAGAUCCGAAUCAGACUCGGAUUCAAGCGAUUCGGAGGCCGAAUAUCAGAAAGAGAAACAGAAGAAGAAGCGAAGCAAGAAGAGAUCGAAGAAACGUGAUUCUAGUAGCAGCGACAGUGAAGAUGAUAAUGAUUCGGUGAAGAGUAAGAAGAGGUCUAGCAGUGUGGACAGUGAGGAAGUUAAGGUUGUCAAGAAACACAAAGAAAAGCGAAAGGAAGAAGAGGUAGAUGUCAAGAAAUCCAGUAAGAAAAAACCACAACCGGCCAGUUCAGAAUCCGAAGACGAACCUCGAAAAACGAAGAAGAAACGCUCAGAUAGCGAAGAGAAACCGAAAAAAAGCAGCAACAAAACGGUCGCAGUGUCGAGCGACAGCGACAGUCCGAGAAAGGGCAGAAAACGCAAAGAAAGCUCCGACGAAUCGGACAACAAUAAGUCAAAGUCCAAAAAAUCGCGUCGUGGAGGAGACUCGUCGUCGGACAGCGACGUGGAGGUGAAGAGGCGCAAACACAAGAAAAAAGCGAAAUCUAAGUCGGACAGUGACAGCGACGAGGAGCCGGAAGACAAAAGGCGCAAGAAGGAUAAGAAGCAUAAAAAGAAAAGAAAACAUUCGAAGAAGCACAAGAAACAUAAGAAGAAAAAGCCGGACAGUGAUGAUUCUGAGAGUGAAGCGGAAGUUGUUGUGGAGGACGAGAAAAAAUUACGUGAAAAGGCUUUAAAAUCGAUGAAACGGCAGAACUCGAGCGAUAAGUCGGACUAACGUGUGGUUUAAGUUGUUUGCUAAUAGUAGUUUUAUUGUCUAAUUCACAUUCACAUAAUCUAACAAUAAUGUUUGGUUAUGUAAAUUGUCACUUAAUUUAGGUAUAUAAAUAUAAGUAGUAGUGCAUAGUGAUGUAUGAAGAUAUAAUUUCUCUUUAAAUAAUUUAAUAGGAGCAUGAAUAUAUUUGAAUGGAAAAAUUAA